AUGGGAUUGCUGGACAAGCUGUCAGGCUUGCUUGGCCUAAAGAAGAAGGAAGUUCAUGUUCUGUGCCUUGGGCUGGAUAACAGUGGCAAAACUACCAUCAUUAACAAACUCAAACCUUCGAAUGCUCAAACUCAAGACAUAGUUCCAACAAUAGGCUUCAGUAUAGAGAAAUUCAAGACAUCCAGCUUGUCUUUCACAGUAUUUGACAUGUCAGGUCAAGGGAGAUAUAGAAACUUAUGGGAACAUUAUUACAAAGAAGGCCAGGCCAUUAUUUUUGUCAUUGAUAGUAGUGACAGAUUAAGAAUGGUUGUAGCCAAAGAACUUGAUAUUCUCCUGAAUCAUCCAGAUAUUAAGAACCGCCGAAUACCAAUUUUAUUCUUUGCUAACAAAAUGGAUCUUAGAGAUGCAGUAACAUCUGUAAAAGUGUCUCAGUUGCUAUCUUUAGAGAACAUCAAAGAUAAACCAUGGCAUAUUUGUGCUAGUGAUGCCAUUAAGGGAGAAGGGUUACAAGAAGGUGUAGACUGGCUGCAAGAUCAGAUCCAAGCAGUGAAGACAUGAAAAGAUAAUGAUUAUAAGACACGAUGAUGUUCAUAAACUUCAACAGUUGUUUCAUUUCAAGGCAUGAUUUCUUAAAGCACAUUUUGUUUAUUAUUUUAUUUUAUGCUUUGCCUCUGUGUGUGUUUAAGGAUGUCAUACAUUAUUCUGUUUGCCUUCAUGGAGUUGAGAAGUAUUAGCUUUUUAUUUUUUAGCAAUAUAACUUCUCAGGUACGCUGAGCCCAUGAAUUAUAUUCAGGCCAAAUCUUCCUUAGCAAGGACACUAAAAUAAUGAGUCCAUUAAAUGUCUGCAUUCAAUUUUAAUCAUUUUUUGUUUUUUUAGUAUACAUAA